AUGGAGGAGAAGUCCACCACCAUCAUCAUCAAAUCAUCACUCAAUACCUUCUUCUAUAGCUAUCACUCCUUCUCCUCCAUUGCUUCUCUCCUUCUCCUCCCUGUCUCUGCUUCUAUUCUCUUCUCACAAGCUCUCACUUCCUCUCCAUCUUCUCCUUUCCUCCUCCUCACAAUCUCAUCAAGAAUUCAAUCCUUGUUUCAUGCAGCAGGAUUCCCUUCUUCUUCUUCUUCUUCUCCAAUCUUUUCCUUUCUCAAUACAAAAUUCUCCGAAACCGCCUUUUCGUUCGUCUUCGCCUUCCCUUCAUCCAUAACUUUUCUUGUUCUUGCUAAAUCAUCAGUUGUUCUAACCAUCUUUGAGUUUCCUCGGCACAAGUUUUCUCCUCCUCCACUGUCUUCUUUGUUGAGAAUUUUUCGCCCGGUUUCGACUACUUAUUUCGCUACUUGUCUCCUUUUCAUCUCCAUCAAUGCGGCAACUUUCGCCUUUCUAUUUCUAGCAUUCAGCUUUGUGGAUGUUCUUCAUCUUUCUUCAAAUACUUCAGCUUUCGGUCUUUCUGUUUUCGGUUCGAUUAUCUAUUCUGUGAUCUUGGGUAUUUCAGUAGUUAUCUGUAAUUUGGCAAUAAUAGUUUCUGCAGUGGAGAAUUCAAGUGGUUUUCAAUCUAUUCUGAAAUCAUGCAUGAUCAUCAGGAAAAGGAUUUCAACUUCUUUGAUUCUUGCUUUGUUUGCCAACCUUUUGAUGGCUUCUGUUGAAGCCCUGUUUCAGUACAGAGUGGUUAGGCCUUAUUAUCUCAAUAGAAAGCUCAACCUUGCACUUGUUGGAGAGGGCUUUUCAAUCAUCUUCAUGCACUCUAUUGUCAUUGUUCUUGAUGUUAUCUUGAGUUGUUUGUUCUACAAGAGUUGCAAGUCCGGUACAUCAUCGAAUUGGGAUCGAUAUGAUCAUCGUAUGGAGCUUGAGGCUGAAGAGAAAAGCGAUUUCCAAGUUUGA